AUGCGUCCCAACACCCACAAGCCCACAAAAGUCGCAAAAAGGCAGUACCAGGACCUAGACAUCACCGCCCCCGGCCCCGCCCCCGCCCCACCCCACCCCCCACGCCACAAGCUCCCGCGCCCGACAUGCAAAAAAGACACGCCCGAGUCCAUCACAUGCAGCGACCAAGCCACCGACAACACAGACAGCUCGGACACCACAACCCGGCAGGAGAUUGACCCCGACGACAACAACGACGAGAAUAACACAGAGUUCGACUGCAGCAUGAUCGAAGACGACACAGAAGCCCCCAAAGAUCAUGAAGAUAGUUGCGCAGAACUUUCCGCCGCCAUUGCAGCUGUAGAGUGCGACAUGACGUUCAGCAGCGUCUUGAAUUCAUGCACAAGUCGCAGCUCGGAUGCCGAGCAGAUCGAUGGUCUCUGGGGGUGGGACGCAACAAGGGGUAGCUACUACAUUGGUGAUGCGGAGACAAAACCGCCGACGGAGGGGGCGAACGUCGUCGGCGAAGGGGGGGGGACCGACAAGCUGCAUCUGCUGGGGGAUGCUAUGGCCCUGGUAGCUGAAGCUGAGGCAAGCGCGGCUGCCGAUUUAGGUGGGUCGGUUUCGCACCCGCAGCUCCCAGCAGCCACCGGUGACGGGUUACCGACGCUCGCUACACCCGCCGUCCGCCCUCUCGGUGAGGUUAAACGGUCGUUUCGUGAUGUAUAUCGCAAGCUACGGCAGAAUGAACGGAGGAUUAAAAGGGUGCAGCGGAAGUUACGUAUGUACACGGCGGAGAUGCAGUACUUAAAGAGUAAGAGGAUGCGGAUUUGGAGGCUGUUAUGA